CAUGUUGAAUUGAACGGUUGUUAUUGCUUUAGGAGUUAGGAAUGAAAGUUUAUAUAAUGCAGCCUGCUCAAAGUGGACGUGUUUAACGUUAAAUAAUCCACGGGAGUUAACGGUUCGCUUCCGCACCGCUCGCGCAUUGGGGAAAAAAAAACACUACCUCAGGUCUACUUGUGUGCGGAAUUCCUAACGGGAUGAGCCGCGCGCAGGCCAUGUUGAUCUCUGAUUGCACACAUUUCACAUAGAAUUAUCUGAGACGAGACAAACGCUUCAUUUCAUCCGCCUGCCCUCCGGUCAACAUGAGCGGCCACCCGCCCCAGAGGAGGGUGGCAAAUGUCGGCUCUCUGCUUCUGACCCCGCAGGAGAACGACUGUCUCUUCAACUACCUGGGCAGGAAAUGCAUCACAUUGUGCUCAGCGGUGGUCCAGGUGUAUGGAGCAGACAGGGGCUCAUCUUGGUUGAAGAGGUGCUGCGGUGUGGCAUGUUUGGUGAAAGACAACCCUCAGAGGUCCUAUUUUAUCCGUGUGUUUGAUAUCAAGGAUGGGAAAGCAAAGUUUGCACAGGAGCUCUACAAUAAUUUCACGAUCAGUAGUUCGAGAUCAUACUUCAUUACCUUUGCAGGAGAUUCAUGUCAGAUUGGUCUCAACUUCGCCAGUGAAGAGGAAGCCAAACGAUUCCGUAGUUCUCUCAAUGAACUACUCAACAGACGACAAAGGAAAUCUGAGAAAAGGCGUGACCCACCAAAUGGACCUGCUCUCCCGAUGGCGACGGUGGACAUCAAAAAUCCGGAGAUAAACAACAUGCGCUUCCACAACAAUUCCCACAUGAAUAACAUGGUGCACAGUGGCCUUAACAAGAAAGAAAAGAAGGUGAAGAGCAAGAGGAAGAAGCUCACAAAGGCUGACAUUGGCACACCAAGCAACUUUCAGCACAUCGGCCAUGUAGGCUGGGAUCCGAACACAGGCUUCGAUUUAAAUAACUUGGACCCAGAGCUAAAGAACCUUUUUGACAUGUGUGGCAUCUCAGAGGCCCAGCUGAAAGACAAGGAGACGUCUAAGGUCAUCUAUGACUUCAUUGAGAAGAAGGGAGGUGUAGAGGCAGUGAAGAAUGAGUUGAGGAGACAAGCACCCCCACCUCCACCCUCCCGAGGUGGCCCACCUCCCCCACCCCCUCCUCACACUUCUGGGCCCCCACCUCCACCACCUCCAGUGCGGGGACGAGGAGCCCCACCACCCCCUCCACCUUCAAGGGCGCCCACAUCCGCCCCUCCUCCACCUCCUCCAUCCCGCCCAACCAUGGGAGCACCUCCACCACCACCUCCCAGUAGAGGACAUCCACCUCCUCCUCCCCCUGCCCCCGCCUCCAUGCCACCACCCCCACCACCACCUCCAACAUCUGGAGGAGCCGUCCCUCCUCCGCCUCCCCCUCCACCACCUCCACCUGGACCUCCACCUCCUUCGAAAAUGGAUGGGGGCCAUAGUGAACCCACGCCCUCGCCCAUGGGUGGCAAGUCAGCUCUGCUGGAGCAAAUCAGGGAGGGUGCCAAUCUGAAAAAGGUGGAGCAAAACAAUAGGCCAGUAUCAUCCACAGGGCGAGACGCACUACUCGACCAGAUCCGACAGGGCAUCCAGCUUAAAAUGGUAUCAGACAAUGACUCAGGACCGCCCACCCCUGCUCAGUCAGCAGGCAUUGUUGGAGCUCUGAUGGAGGUGAUGCAAAAGAGAAGCAAAGCCAUCCACUCCUCGGAUGAAGAUGAGGAUGACGAUGAUGACGAAGACUUUGAGGAUGAUGAUGAAUGGGAUGAUUAAUCCCCCAACACUAAUCCCACCCAAUAGAGUUAAUGAUACUAAAUUAUCACUUCCCCAAAUUUUACUCAGUUCUGUGUAUUAUUUUUUUCUUUUUCAAAUCGCUGUAUAUUUUUGUUGCCUUUUUUUGCUUUUUUUUUUUUUUUAAUAAUCUGUGCAAUACCUCAUGUAAUCUGUAAAGUAUUUUCAUUUAUCCUCUGUAAAAUAAUCUCCUGGAAUAACCAUGUGAAGCUUUAUGCCAGGAUUCAUGAUUUGUUGACCUGAAUGUUUUUGUUUCCCUUUGAGAGGGGAAAGGGAGAUAGACGGGACAUGCAAUGUCCUUAUUAAUUGUUAAGUAAUGAUUUAGAUAACACUAUUUUCAUACCUUACUUUUCUGUACCUUUGAUUUUCUUAUUCAAUUCCUAGUUUAGAAUUCUUAGAUUUGGUAAGAGGUUCUCCUAUCAGAUUUAGUCUCCUAUCAAUAUGUCCCUGUAUUGUUUCCCAUGUAAAUGUACACCAGGCUGAUAUAUUGAGGCUAUAUAUAUUUUUGCACGAAUAACGAAAGGAAAUUCAUUGCAGGAUGAAAACACGUUGGCUGAACACUUUAAAUAUGAUUUCUGUGGUAAUCACGAUCAACUUAAAACGUCACACUACAUUGCACGUCACAGAUUAGACCGUUUAGAGUUUUUGGUUUCACUUUAUUGACAAAAUAUAUAUAUACUGUAAUUUUAAACUGGCAGAGUCGUGAGUAUGUGAAAAGCUAUCAACUCUCAAAGAUAGAAUUUCCUGUCAUAUCAAGAAGAAAAAAAAGCACUUCACGACAACAUAUUUAAACUUUCAUUUGUUAGAAGCUUUUUAAAAGUCAAUGCUUGACUGACAACCACAUACAAGGUAAUGAAAAUACAAACAACCUUCUGUGCACAAUUAAUGCUGGUUUAACAGUAUUGUUUGUCUGAAUUGAAAUGGCUGUCCUGUAAGGAUAGUGCUGCAAAAACUGUUAAAUUGAUAUCAAAUCAUACAAGUGGAUUGGAAUGUGGAAUGAAAACUCUUAAAUUCUAUUCUUAAAUAAAUGGUUAUAUUUACA